AUGGGGAAGGUGAAGGUCGGAGUCAACAGAUUUGGUCGUACUGGGCGCCUGGUCACCAGGGCUGCUUUUAACUCUGGUAAAGUGGAUAUUGUUGCCAUCAAUGACCCCUUCAUUGACCUGAACUACAUGGUUUACAUGUUCCAAUAUGACUCCGCCCAUAGCAAAUUCCAUGGCACCGUCAAGGCUGAGAAUGGGAAGCUUGUCAUCAAUGGAAAUCCCAUCACCAUCUUCCAGGAGCGAGAUCCCUCCAAAAUCAAGUGGGGCGAUGCUGGCCCUGAGUACGUCGUGGAGUCCACUGGCGUCUUCACCACCAUGUAG